CGAGGCCCGAGGGGGCCGGCGGUGGCGGCGGUGGCGACGGCGGGGAUUUCCCGGUUGGUGUAAAAAGUGGAUAGUGGCUCACGUGUCAAAGGAUGGCACGGUCACGAUCUAGAUCGCCCAGGUGGAAACACAGGUCUUUAUCACCAGUACCUAGAAAUUUUGAAUACUACAAGCAAAGAUAUUCUCAUGGGCAUUAUGACUGUGAAUAUAGAAAAUAUCCGAAAAGGCCUGUUGCUUGGAGAAUGGACAGUGAGAAACAUGAACAGAAUAAACAAAGAAUUCCCCCUCGUGGAAAUCUAUAUUACCGAUCUUAUGAACAUAGAUCACCUUCCCCAGAGAUAAGAAACUCUGUAGAAAAUUUUUACACAUAUAAUCCUCACCGAGUGUAUUCACCAGGAAGAGGGGAUGGUAACAGAAGAUCUCAGUAUAUACCCACAUACUCAGAGGGUGUACCCUACAUAGAGCAUGAGAGGAAUUGUUAUCCCCAGAAAAUGCAAGGAAGGUAUAUUCCUGAUGACCGCAGAAUUAGAGGAAGUGGGAGAAGAGGGAAACCACCUCAGAGGUCAAUAGCAGAUUCCUUUAGGUUUGAAGGGAAGUGGCAUGAAGAUGAGUUGAGGCACCAGAGGAUGCAAGAAGAAAAAUAUUCCCAGUCACCUAGAAGAGGCUCAGAAGACUUUGACACAAGGAGCUCUUUUCAGAAGAGGUAUCCUGAGGAUCGUGAUUUCAGAAAAUAUGGACACACAUCAAAAAGACCUAAAGACGUGGAGAGGUAUGAGAACAGAGAGCCUGCCAGAAACCCAAAGUGGAAGCCUGAGCAUUUUCCUCCACCUUACCAAGAAAAGAAAGAUCAGCGCAAUUUUGCACCUCAAACUCACCGAUAUGCUGAGAGGGACUAUCCAGAGACCAGUUCAGCAACCAAAGUGUCCUAUGACUAUCGCCACAAGCAUCAUAAGCUCUCAGAAGGUGACCAGGACUUUUCUGAUGGGAGAAAUCAGAAAUACUUGAAAGAAGAAGAUAGAAAACACAGUUCUCAAAAAGGCCCUAUAGGUAGAGAGUCAGAUUGUUUUAAUGCCGGAAGAGGGAGAGAGACUGAAGAUGGGCAAGUCAAAGAACUUUUUAAACCAUCUAAGAAAGACUCAGCGGCCUAUACUCAUUCAAAUAAAAAUGAGGUUGAUUUGAAGCCCUGUAAUGACAAACGAAAGAAAAAAAUAAAGAAAGAAGGGGAAUUCAAAAAGGAGAGCAACUCCUCCAGUAACCAACCUGAUACAAGUCAAAAACUUUCCAAUGUGAAACACUCAUCUGUCAAUAUUAAGAAGAAAUCACUUACAGUUAAAGUAGAUGUGAAGAAAACAGUAGAUACAUUCAGGGCUUCUUCUAGCUAUUCCACAGAGAGACAGAUGUCACAUGAUUUGGUUGCUGUUGGCAGGAAAAGUGGGAACUUUCAUCCAGUGUUUGAACAUCUUGACUCAACUCAGAAUACUGAAAACAAACCUACAGGAGAAUUUGCUCAGGAAAUCAUAACAAUAAUCCAUCAAGUUAAAGCAAAUUAUUUUCCAUCACCUGUCAUUACUCUAAAUGAGCGUUUCUCAAAAAUGCGAAGUACUCAUGAUGCAGAUGCAAAAGAAAUUAAAUUGAAUUCAGAUCCAGAAAUUCACAGGAGAAUAGACAUGUCUUUGGCUGACCUUCAGAGUAAACAAACUAUGGUAUAUGAACCAGAUCAGACUCUGGUCAAAAUAAUAGAUCCAAAUGACCUACGACAUGACAUUGAAAGAAGGAGAAAAGAACGAUUACAGAAUGAAGAUGAGCACAUUUUUCACAUAGCUAGUGCUUCAGAGAGGAAUGAUCAACGUUCGAGUUUUUCAAAGAAUUAUGCUAUGCGGAGAAAGGAUAUUGUUACUCAAAAACCAUUUGGAGUUGAGGGAAACCAUCAAAAUACAAGAGGCUUUAAAAGACCUUUCAAGAGCAACUUUAGAGGUGGUAGACUCCAUCCCCCAUAUAAAUCAGACCUGGUACAGAAGAGCUUAUACAUUCAGGCUAAAUAUCAGCGUUUGCGGUUUGCUGGUCCAAGGGGAUUUAUCACUAAUAAAUUCAGAGACAGAUUACUGAGGAAAAAAAAGGAAUAUACAAACAUUGCUACAGAAACCUAAUCUGGAAUUGUUACAAAUGGAAGCAACCCUUCAGGAGGAUAUUUGGGAACAUCUGUUUUUGUCCGGAAUUAGAAUUGGCACUAAGGGCACUAAUACUGUAACUUUCUUGAUAAAAUAACUUUAUUUUUCAGUAGUGGAAUGCUGCAACUUUUUUACACUUAAAAUUGCUUUUAAAUUACAGUAUUCAGUUUAAAAGUUGUAUUAACUACCGUUUCUUUUGCAAAAAGUCUCAAUAGAAAUACUUGAAGGGCAUUAUUUGUUGAUGCAUUUUUCUCUAAGCAUGGUUUCGAGAGAACUUAACCAAGUUAUAUCCAGACAUUUAUAUGUUGAAAGCUUUGUUUAUGUAAAACAAAAGUAUCUGAAUUGUAUAGUGUCUGUACAUGAAAGAACUUUAACAGUGGCCUUACAGUAGCUAAUUUUAUACUGGGUUUUUCUUUUUCUGAUGACAUUUUGGCUUAUAACUUGAAGUUUUUCUUAAGUUUCUGAUGAUUAAGGCCUAUAUAAUUCAUACAUUUCAUAUUAUGAUAUCAGAAGGCUAGAGAAAAGGUGCUUCAAAUUUUCCAUCAGGUAGUUGUGAGUGCACUGAAUUUUUAGUAAUUUGUUCAUUCAGUUGUUUCCACAACUAUUUGCUCUUU